UGACAGGGAGAUGGCAGCUACUAUCCAGGUGAAAGUGAAGGAGGAGGAAGAAGAGGAAGAGGUUGGUGGUUUCAUCAAUGCCGAAGGAGAGGAGGAAGAGGAGGUUGGUGGUUUCAUUAAUGCUGACGGAGAGGAAGUUGGCUGGAGUUUCCCUGAUCUCAGAUCCUGGUCACCAAUCCAGCACCAAAGCUGUAGAGUCCCAGGGUCCCGAUCCAAGACAUGAGGAGGACAUCACUCAAACACCUGGGAUGAACAUUCAUAUUGUAGAAGAGGGGAAGGAGGAAGUGAAAGAGGAGGAUGAAGUUGGUGGUUUUAUCAAUUCUGAAGGAGAAGAAUUUGACUGGGAUUCUGUUCAACAUAGAGAGAGCCCUGACUGUGGCUUAGACAGCAAAGCGAAUCCCGCCACAUCAGAACAUCCUGAACACCAGGAGAGUCACAAGACGAAGACGUCUCACUGCUGCUCGGUGUGUGGCAGAGAGUGCUACAAGCUCUCGGUACUGCAGAUCCACAUGAGAAUCCACACGGGAGAGAAGCCGUACCCCUGCCCCGACUGUGGCAAGAAGUUCGCUCACCUGGGAGCCAUGAGACGACACCUCCUCACACACACGGGAGAGAAGCCUUACUCCUGCUCUGUGUGUGGGAAGAGUUUCACCCAAUCAGGACAUCUGAGGGAGCACCAGCAGUCUCACAGUGGAGAGAAGCCUCACCUGUGUCUGGUCUGUGGGAGAGGCUUCUCUAGAGCGUCAGACCUCCGGAUCCACCACAGAGUUCACACAGGGGAGAGGCCGUACAGCUGUGACUACUGUGGGAAGAGAUACGGCCGCUGUCAGAAGCUACGGGCUCACCAACGGACACACCACAGUGACAGGACGCACGCUGAUACUGGAGAGGAGACGGAGUGAAUGACCACGAGGCUUUGAACAUAAGACGUGAUAAGCUUAGUAUUCCUACAGGUGAUGUUAGCCGGCUGGACAACAACGAUGAUACACGUUGAUCGUCAUCAGACAGAGGAACAAUACACUCCAUUGGAAUAGACAUGGUUCUAGAAU